AUGAAACCACAAUAUGUUCGAUUCGUCGUGUCGUCUAACAACAAUCUUCAACUUAAUUCUCCAUUACAAAGUUCAUCGAACUUCAAACCUGUGCACAAAGUGCUGCAGCAACAAAACACUAUUUCUUCAAUUCGAGUUCUUAACGGAAUUACACCAUCACCUACAGCCACCUUACCGACUCGUCUUAUUAUAACAAUGAAUCCUACAACAAUAAAUAAAUCAACAAUUAACACGGAAUCGAGUAUUAUUGAACCUCUUCCAGCACAAAAUACAUGCAAUACAAAUACAACUACAUCAACUAUAAAAUCAACAUCAUCAAAUUCAAAGCCGGAAAGUGAAUUAGUAUGUGUUGAAUCUACACAAUGUAGAACAAAAGAAACUAACAAGAAAAUCAAAGAAAGUCAAAAAGCACAACUCGUGGAUGUUGAAAAUAAUCCACCACUUGAUCUAAAUGCGACACAAGUAUCGCAACCGGUCAAUGAUUGUAUUACAACAUCAAAUGUUGAAGAAACAGCUGAUUCUAAUUUUAAUAUUGUAAAUCAAUCACCAAAUUCUUCUCGUAAUGAUUUUACCUUGAAGUCUGGAACUCCAACAAUUAAUAAUACUACGAAAAAAACCAAUAAACUUUAA